AUGAACCUCUGCCGGCCACAGCACGCUCGUUCCUCCCUAAAAUCCCUCACCCAAAACUCAAUAUGCUAUAACAAUGCCCCCUGCCAACGGCGCCUCAUCUCAAACUCACCCUACGGCCGCGCACACGUCUGGAAACGACGACCACCCGUGCUGCCCAACCCCGUCGUCCCCAAAUUCCCGCAACAAGUCAUCCGCUCGGACGGAACUUCUUUUAUUCAAUGGACGACGUCGCCGAAGAGUUUGGUUCGGCUGACGAGGGACACGACGAACAACCCGAUGUACAACCCUGCUGCUGCCAGCGGACGUGGUGUGGAGGAGGAGAGUGGGACGACUGGGAGGUUGGGCAGGUUCAAUAGGAGGUAUGAGGAGCUUGGAGCGGAGAUUGGGGAGAUGGCGACGCCUGUUGAGGAGCCCGCUGCCAAGAAGGAAGCUGCGAAGCCCAAGGAGGCGAAGAAGGCGGGCCAGUCGUAG